GAUUGGUGGAUAUUAGUGGACAUCAGAUUACACUGUCUCAGAUCUCUCUCCUACAUGGCGAAACCUCCCUCUUCCAUCACUUCCUGCCUGAACAAUAAUCCUUCAGAAGCUUCCCUUCCCCUUCAACAAUGGCGGUCACUGCACAAUCACCAUCUUCCUCUGCUGCUCCCUCUCUCCUUCCCAACCGCUUCUCCAUUUCCAGAUUCCGCCACGCCUCUAACCAUGCCCGUCCUCGUCCUUCCUCCGGAUCCAAUUCGCUCAGGAUCCUCGCCAUGGCCCCUCAGAAGAAGGUGAACAAAUACGACGACGGUUGGGAGAAGAAGUGGUUCGGAGCUGGAAUCUUCUACGAGAGCUCGGAGGAUGUGGAAGUGGACGUGUUCAAGAAGCUUGAGACGAAGAAAGUGCUUAGCAACGUCGAAAAAGCAGGGCUACUAUCGAAGGCAGAGGAAUUAGGGUUUACGCUCUCUUCGAUUGAGAAAUUGGGGGUUUUCUCAAAAGCCGAGGAGUUCGGGCUUCUCAGCUUGCUUGAGAAGGUUGCGAGCGCCUCCCCGUCCACAUUGGCCUCUCUUGCCCUUCCCAUUCUCGUUGCUGCGCUGGCGGCGAUUGUUCUCAUUCCCGAUGACUCAGCGCCGCUUGUGGCGUUACAGGCUGUGGUCGCCGGCGGACUCACGCUUGGGGCUGCCGGAUUGUUUGUUGGAUCGGUGGUGCUGGGUGGCUUGCAGGAAGCUGAUUGAAUUAGGACUCUGCCGAAUCUCCGUGUGUGUAGGACACAAUUACAGCAAACUAUUGGGACUCUGUUUUCUCUUAUUACUGUGUUGGUCAAUCGAAUUCCAUCUCCAAGAACCAAACAACAUGAUGACAGCUCCCUUUUCACACUUGACCGUGUUAUUUUUUGGGACAUCUUUUUCAACUCCACCAGUUUGAACUUUCCCUUCCCCACUGGCUAUCAAGUAGCCACUCAACUACUACCCCAUCAAUUUGGGGUUGUAAUUAUGGAAAACCCCACAAAAAGGGGUUAAAAAUAAUAAUAAUGAUAAUGAUAAUACACUUUUAAUACUUUCAUGUA